UGAAUACACACUUUUCCCUCGCGAGUUUAGCAUAGUGAACUCACCUCACCUAGGGUUUUGCAUCAGCUUUCGCCGCUAUAGCAGAAUGGAACUAAAUGCGUGCGAGGAAUUGGCGAAAAUUGCUUCGGAUUUCAAGUGCGAGAAGGUUCUCAAAACAGUUGAUGAAUCAAUCGUAUGCCCCACUCCACAGAAGAACAAGGAACCCUUAACCGUUAAAUCCAGAGAGGGACAAACCAACCUUCCUGAAAAAUACUCUACGCUUGCUGAUUUGUUUGGUCACAUGAGUUGUUCACUCAGAUUGCUGCAUCUGUGUAAAAAGACUCCAAUUUUUCAAAAUGUUUGCCGCCAGGUCGAAGUUCUUUCGAAGAGGAAAUUCUCCCAUGCUCAUCUUGCGCAGAUGAAGUAUAUACUCCCUAAAAGUGUGUGUAUUGAUAAGGUGCUUGUUCAUGAUAAGAAAAGCUUGUGUAUGGUACCUGAUAUGAAGAUCACCUUGAAAUUUGAGGUUGUGAAAGAUUGCUCUGGCGACUCUGCUGAUCUGGCUCUUCGACGAUAUUUUAAAUCUAAGCUGAUUGAUUUCUUUGAUAUGCAUCCUGAGGUUGCUGACAUUCCAGAGGCCCCACUGCCAGAACCCUUUGGCAAAAUAUCUUGUAGAUCGAAUUGUAAAGAUUCACAUGUUGAAGAAUUUACUGGCCAAUCCCCGCAUGUAAAUUCUUCAACGGAACUUUUUUCAAUUUCCAAUCAAACUGAAAUGUUGCCAGAGCAAUUGCAAUUGUAUCCAUCUUUCAGUAGACACUUUUCUAGGAAGAAUAAUACCGACCAGGCAGAAAAGGCUCAGUGUUUUUUACCCACAAAAACUUCUCCAUCAUCUCAUGCAUUUGAUUUUCUGGAUAAUGAAGAAAGUGAAAAAACACUGCAGAAAGAAUGCGUACCAUUAUAUGAUGAUGUGGCUAAUCCUAUUAUGGAAAGAGGGCACCAGAAGGAAUCAUUUUCUAUGUCUUUUGAACCUAGUGUUAUUAAUACACCAGUACAUAUGAUCCACCCUCCCCAUUCUGUUACAUGCAGUGAUUCUGAAAGCCCAUAUUUGAAAAAUAUCUCCUGUGCUGCUGAUAGUUUUAUUGCAGAGACACCUGCCCAGUCAGCACCUGCGAGAUUAUUGCCCAUUUCUGAUGUUAAGCUUCAGGACAUGCCUACCCAAAAGUCAACAUCAUCUUAUAAGCCAGCAAAAAGAGUGCUUGACUUUUCCCUCAUGGAGGACAAUGAUGGCUUGGGCAUUGAAAUGGACAAGUUAGAAUCUAUCAGAGCUCUGCAUGAAGUUGAUAGCUUCCCUGAAUCUAGCAGAGGAUGUUCUGAGGAUUGCAACUCUUUUGGUUCUGUUUCUGCACCUCAGGAGGCAGAAGAGAGCCUUGGUUAUGCUUCUGAGAAAAUUACCCAAAAGCAAGCUGAUUUAGAUACACAGCACAAAAAACCUUCACCAUUGCUGAAUCUGGUUAAUGUGAUACACUCUAUAUUUCAAUCUGUUCAAAGAAUUCCAAUCACAAAAGAGGAGCUCCAGCAUAAGAUACUUAUGAACACUUUGGAUUUUGUUGAGAUUAGAGAAGUUGAAGAACAAAUUGAGUAUCUGGAAAAGUUGGUGCCAGACUGGAUCUGCAAGAAAUUGGUUGCUACUGGAGAUACUGUGUACUGUAUCAAUAAAGUGUCAGAUUUGGGCUCAGUACGAUCAAGGCUUUCCAGCAACGAGACUGUUUGAGAGAAGGGUUUUUACUGACUGAUAAUUGAAUAGGAUACGAUUUAUAAUUCUGUUAAUUUUUGCUGCCUUUAAUACUUGUAAUUAGAUGUUGGAUUUCUUCGUAAUUGUUUUUGAAUCCCAUUUGACCGAUGUCGAAAGCUGGUGUUCUACAUAUUAAAUGUAGUAAUUUAACGCAUCUUUAUGCUUUA